GGAUUUUGACCAACAUAAACCUGAUUUUUUAGUGGAUUAUUUUAAAAUAUAUCCACAAAAUAUUCCUUCGAAUAAAAUCCCAUUCUAACUAUAUCCAUAAAAUGCCCAUCCCAAUUGUCGAGACAGAAUCAGAUAUCUAAAAUGACACAUAAUAAAUGUCGCAUAUUACACCAUUAAAGUACGGUACGUUGACCUCCUACCUGACUAUGAACAGCUCAUCAGACAGCUCCCUGUGCCCUCAAGUAGGGGUGUGGAUAAAUUGGUCUGGUUACCGGUAAAAUCUGGAGAGUAUACCUCAAGAUCAGGUUACGGGGUAACAUCCUUGACAGUGCUACCAACAGCUCAGGUCCGCUUUAACUGGCAAGCAAACCUUUGGAAACUCCACACUAUGCCGAAGAUCAAACUUUUCCUAUGGAAGGCGGCUGCAGGAGCUCUCCCUGUGGGUGCACAACUCGUAAGAAGGCAUAUAUCAUCAACUUGGGAUUGUGCACGCUGUGGGGCUCCGGAGACUUCCACCCACAUGCUGUUUCACUGUGAUUUUGCGGCACAAGUUUGGAACCUAGCGCCCCUCCAAUUGGGUCACAUCCCUAUCGGUACCCCUAUUUUGGAAGCUCUUAACUUACUUAAGAAAACCAUCGUUCUCCCCCCGGUUGGGAUUCAUACAGCAACCCUCUUCCCCUGGAUCUGUUGGCACAUCUGGAAAGCCAGAAAUCAGCUUAUCUUCCAAAAUUCUCAUUUCUCUGUGAUAGAGACUGUUACAAAGGCGGUUCAGGAUGCCUUAGCGUGGCAAUCCGCCCAAUUGGCGCUCCCAAAAGUUCGUGUAGCGACCCCCCGCCCAAACUCCACAACAACUCUGACUCAUGAUUUUCUCUGCUACGUGGAUGCGGCUUGGCAACAACAGAGCUCCCUCGCUGGCUCUGGCUGGGUGUUCCAAGCAACCUCACACUCGGAGAAAGAAAUUACCACCUUCUCAGCCGGAUGCCGUCGGUUCCCCUCGCCCUUAGCGGCGGAGGCUUGGGCUAUCAAAUCGGCGAUGCUACAUGCUUUACAACUGGAAAGAUCCGAUCUCCUUGUGUUAUCGGACUCAAAAUCCAUAGUUGAUGCUUUGAACUCCAAUGUCUCCCUCAAUGAGAUAUUUGGCCUUCUAGUGGAAAUUCGAUCUAUUCGAAACAGAUUCCGCUCUAUCUCCUUUCAAUUUAUCCCUCGCUUAGUUAAUUCGAUUGCUGAUGCUGCGGCUAAGCUCUCCCUUUGUAUUUCUGGUAAUAUCGGGCUUGACCCGGGUACUCUUGUUUUUGUUUGAUUUGGAAUGGAAAGUAUUGGGUUUGAC